AGUUUCAGAAGACCGAUCGACUCUGGAGUAGUCUGAAGACCCUGCAAGUAACGGUGCUAUCUUCUGACACCUAAAGUCCCGAAGCAAAAACAGCUCAAAAUGUUUUCAAGAUGUCGUCAAUCAUGAGAAAGAAACCUAAUGGACGAUUGAGCAAAUGAAAUUCCAUAAAAUGUUGUUAUGGCUCCUCCUUCUCUGGAAAAUUCCAUUUUACGUCUGCAUCUACGAAUCCAGAAUUAUUUUAGACAAUUACAGAAAACCAAACAAUUUGGUGUAUCAUAAAUAUACUGACACAUUAUUCUUCAGUCACACUAUGAAAUCUGGUGAUGACUUUGAGAUAAUCGCUUAUGAUAUGCAGAAGAAUGCCACUGCAGUUCUAGAAGUUCCCGGAGGAUAUGCCAUAGCAUAUGAUAAAGGCAACGAUGACAUAUAUUUCGGCGGCCACGACGGCAUAUACAAAUACAAUUAUAUGUUAGAACAAGCAGAAUUCUUCGGUGAAGACAAAAAGUCUAUUUGGGGUAUGUGUAUAGGAACAAACUUUUAUUAUAUACAGUAUCCGAAGCAGCAGUUGUAUGUAUAUAGGGAUGAUAAGUUUGUCCCUGUUGCCGAAGCUAUAGGUAUAGAGGUAGACAAUUUCCUCGUGUCCAAACGUAGUGACAUAUACUAUUCCAACAAAACAGCUACUUUUAAAGUAGACGCCAAAACAAGAGACACCGUAAUUUUGAGUGAUGAAGUGAAAGUAAGACAGAUAGCUGAUGACAACAAUGGUGACGUAUAUUUCUGUGGAACUGGUGGCAUAUACACAGAGUAUAAGCCAAAUUAUAAUUUUAAUAAGAUAGUAGAUAUAGAAGAUGUUUUUGGCUUAACUUUUGAUGAUAAUAACAACAUAAUAUAUUCUGAUGAUAAGGCGAUAUAUAGAUUAGUGCCCAUAACCUGAUAGGGAAACUAUAGUCAAAUGUAGGAACUAGGCCUAGCGGUC